GGCCGCGCGGACUGCGUGGACGAGCGGCUGGCCGGCGCCCCGCACCGCUGAGCUCCGCCGGCCCGGGCCAUGCUGGCCUCGCGCGUGGUGGCGCGCGGCUCGUGGGCCGCUCUGCGCGGCCGGGCCGCCUGGGCGCCGGGGCUCCGGCCGAGCCAGGGGCGCGUCCGCGGGGCCCCGCCGCCGCCCUCGGCCUGCUGCCUGGGCUGCCUGGCGGAGCGCUGGUGGCCGCGGCCGGGCGCGCUCGGCCCGCGCUGGAGCCACUGCUCGGGGACCGGCAAGGCGGCCGAGGCCGCAAGCAGCCGCUGGCGUCCGGCGAGCGCCGCCAGCCCGUAUGAAAACCCCUGGACAAUCCCAAAUAUGUUGUCAAUGACGAGAAUUGGCUUGGCUCCUAUUUUGGGCUAUUUGAUCAUUGAAGAAGACUUUAAUAUCGCACUAGGCGUUUUUGCUUUGGCUGGGCUGACGGAUUUGUUGGACGGAUUUAUUGCUCGAAACUGGGCCAAUCAAAAAUCAGCUUUGGGAAGUGUUCUUGAUCCGCUCGCUGAUAAAGUACUGAUCAGCGUCUUAUGUAUUAGCUUGACCUAUGCAGAUCUUAUCCCAGUUCCACUGACUUACAUGAUAAUUUCAAGAGAUGUCAUGUUGAUCGCUGCUGUUUUUUAUGUCAGAUAUCGAACUCUUCCAACACCGCGAACGCUAUCUAAGUAUUUCAAUCCUUGCUAUGCCACUGCUAGGUUAAAGCCAACAUUCAUCAGCAAGGUGAACACAGCGGUCCAGUUGAUCUUGGUGGCGGCGUCUUUGGCAGCUCCAGUUUUCAAUUACGCUGACAGCAUUUACCUCCAGAUGCUUUGGUGUCUUACAGCUUUCACCACUGCCGCGUCCGCGUACAGCUACUAUCACUACGGCCGGAAGACUGUUCAGGUCAUAAAGGGGAGAUGAGCAGCAUCCAUCACUGUUCACCAGGGAGCGCUAGAGAGCCUCGGCCGCGGGCCCGGGGACCCACGGGGGCUUGGGGUUCAGCUCCAGCAGGACUUGUGGGGCAAACCAUGUCACCAAAUCCAAGUAAAGUGCAUUGAAAGUAAGCUUGAUCAUGGGCAAAUGCAGAAUCUCCAAUGUAUUUUAAAAUACAAAUAAAAUUGUAACUUAGAAUUUUUAA